UGCCCUUGCUUUUUAGGCAUCCUCUAAAGGAUCCUGCGAAGGGGAGAAGGAAAAAAUGCGCGCCCUCUCUCUCUCUACUUCAUUUCUAUUGUUCACUAUCAUUUUUCACUCAUGUUUGCAUCAUGGGGUGCCUAGUGUUGAUCCAUUAAUUGGGACAAACAGGGAAACAUUAGAAAUAAUCAUAGGCGGGGGUGGGGAAGCUCCUGCCCCUUCUCACAUCGAGGAAUGUCCACCCCCUCCUCCCCCGCCUGAACCUGAAUGUCCACCCCCACCGUCGCCGCCGCCGCCGCCUCCCCCACCGCCGCCGCCGCCUCCGCCCCCGCCACCGCCGCCGCCGCCUCCCCCACCGCCACCGCCGCCGCCGCCUCCCCCUCCGCCGCCACCACCUCCAUGUAAAUACCGAGACCCACAAUAUGGCUGCUUUGAAAGCCCGCUAAUUGCAAAAGCUUACCCUGUGAUCCAAAAUUUCAAGACACAAAUCUUUAGUGACCCCAAGGGCUACGCAAAAACAUGGAAAGGCAACAAUGUUUGCAAAUACAAAGGCUUCACUUGUGCAACGCGUCCUGACCUUAAGCUAAAAGCAGUUGCUGCAGUAGACUUCAAUGCUGCUCUUUUGGCUGGGCAUGGUUCCUGCCUUCCCCUUGAUGGUUUCAUUGAUAAAUUGGACGAUCUAGCCAUAUUUCAUGCCAACUCCAACAACUUCACCGGUACAGUUCCGUUUGGAGUAUCCAAAAUUAAAUAUUUGUAUGAGCUUGACCUUAGCAACAACAAAAUUAAUGGAGAUUUCCCGAUGGAAGUUCUUGGUGCUUCGAAUUUAACCUUCCUGGACAUAAGGUUCAACUCGCUUAAGGGGGAAGUUCCACAACAAGUGUUCAAAUUAGAUCUCGAUGUGCUCUUCAUCAACAACAACAACUUGGAACAGACCCUUCCUGAUAAUCUUGGCGACACACCAGUCCUAUACCUCACUUUUGCCAACAACAAGUUUACUGGUCCUAUUCCGCCAAGCAUUGGCAGAGCUCGUAACCUACUCGAAGUGCUUUUCCUCAACAACCAACUUACAGGGUGCUUGCCUUAUGAGAUUGGGUAUCUGAGUAAAGCCACUGUGUUUGAUGUAGGCUCCAACAAGUUAACAGGCCCUAUACCAAACUCGUUUGGGUGCCUAAGAAAGAUUGAGCUGCUCAAUUUGGCCAACAACGAGUUCUACGGGGCAGUACCAGAAAUAGUCUGCCAGCUCCCGAAGAUCGAAAAUUUGUCUUUGGCAAAUAACUAUUUCACUCAGGUUGGUCCUGCUUGUAGGAAAUUGAUAUGGAAAAAGAAACUUGAUGUAAGGAACAACUGCAUUUUGGACCUGCCGAAUCAAAAAUCAAAAGAUGAGUGCGCUAAAUUUUUCUCAAGACCGCCGCUGGGUUGCGAGAGGAAGGAAUCUUUUAAGUGGGUUCCUUGCAUGAAAGGUGGUUAUGAUUAUUCCAAUUCAACGGAGAAAUCUCACCAAGAAUCAACUGCUUCCCUCCCAACUGUUAAAACUUAUAGCACUCUUAUUCCUCAUCGGUUGUGAUUUCCUUGCUGUUGAUGGACCUCAUUAAGAAAAAUCAUGAUGGGGUCUUUGGCUAUUUCUUUCUGUUGAUACUUAUCUCAUAUUGUAUGCAGAACUUCAGUGUACUGUUGAAUUUAUUAGUGAAUAAAUGAACUUCCUUUUUCCUUCUAGUUAA